CUGCAGUAAAAAAUCGUUUACCUUAUUUUGUUUGAUCUGCUUGUGACGACAUCACUUCCGGACCAAUCGUGAAGAGGCACGAGGGCGCAUGCGCACUUAUUCAAUGACAAUUGUUGAUAAUCAGCUGGAGUUUAUUUUUUAUUUUUUUUCUUUUAUUUUUUUAGCAUUUGGUGAGCCCCUGAGCGCGAGCCCCGGCACUGGGGCCUGCUUCACAGCGCACUAACGCUAGCGUUGAGUCUUACAUGAAGGGCUAAUGGAAGACGCCAGAGAUUUGGCUGAACGCACUUCUUCACGGUCAGAAAGGAAAAGAAGAGACUCGUUUGGAAUGUUUGACGGGUAUGAGAGCAGCGAGGAGUCGAGCAGCAGCUCCAGCACGGAGGACAGCGAGGAUGAGGAGCGCAGUCUUCCUGCUGGUCUGCCCAUCAUCAAGAACAAUGGGCAGGUCUAUACCUACCCAGAUGGAAAAGCUGGCAUGGCGACCUGUGAAAUGUGUGGAAUGGUCGGUGUCCGCGAUGCUUUUUACUCCAAAACAAAGAGGUUCUGCAGCGUAUCCUGCUCCAGAAGUUAUUCCUCCAACUCGAAAAAAGCCAGCAUAUUGGCCAGACUUCAGGGGAAACCACCAACAAAAAAAGCGAAGGUCUUACAGAAACAGCCACUCAUGGCAAAAUUGGCAGCUUAUGCACAGUACCAAUCGAAUCAGCAGAGCCCAGCUAAAUCAAAAUCAGCUGUUCCUGUUGAGGGCUUCGACUGGGGCCGAUACGUUUGUAGCAAUAACCUGAUCGGAGCUCCAGUAAGCUGUUUCAAACAUGUCCUCAUGUGUUCAUUCUGGGGAGAUAUUACAGAGGGUGUGAGGGUCGAGGUUCUCAAUUCUGACACAAACCUCUCCACCAAAGUUUACUGGAUAGCAGGGAUUGUUAAAUUGGCAGGUUUUAAAGCACUUCUCCGAUACGAGGGAUUUGAUAACAACUCAAGCCACGACUUCUGGUGUAAUCUGUGCAUCCCAGAAAUCCAUCCUGUCGGAUGGUGUGCCUCGAAUGGUAAACCCCUGGUACCUCCAAAAUCAAUCCAGCAUAAGUGCUCGAACUGGAAAGUGUUUCUCGUGAAGCGACUGACCGGGGUGAAAACGCUGCCAUCCGAUUUUGCUAAAAGGGUGAUGGAGAGCAUGCAAUACCCAUUUAAGAAGCUAAUGCGUGUAGAGGUGGUAGAUAAAACUCACCUGUGCCGGACACGUGUAGCUCUGGUGGAACAGGUGAUCGGUGGCCGACUGCGACUCGUCUACGAAGAGAGCCAGGAUGGCUCAGACGACUUCUGGUGUCACAUGUACAGCCCACUUAUCCAUUCCAUUGGCUGGUCGAGGAGCAUCGGGCACCGCUUUAAAAGAUCUGAAGUGACAAAGAAAAUUGAGGGUCUGAUGGAUGCCCCAUCACAGCUAUUUAUAAAGGUGAGGGAUGUAGACCAGAGUGGCGAGUGGUUUAAAGAUGGCAUGAAGCUGGAAGCAAUAGACCCUCUCAAUCUCUCAGCUAUAUGUGUCGCUACUGUAAGAAAGGUGUUGGCAGAUGGGUACCUCAUGAUUGGCAUCGAUGGCUCAGAAGCAGCAGAUGGCUCCGAUUGGUUCUGCUACCACUCCACCUCUCCCUCCAUUUUUCCAGUGGGCUUUUGUGAAAUAAACAACAUUGAGCUCACACCUCCAAGAGGGUACAACAAACUGCCAUUCAAAUGGUUUGACUACCUCAGAGAAACAGGUUCAAUAGCAGCCCCUGUGAAGCUCUUUAACAAAGAGGUCCCGAAUCACGGCUUCCGUGAAGGCAUGAAGCUGGAAGCAGUGGACCUGAUGGAGCCACGUCUGGUGUGUGUAGCCACAGUAACCCGGAUCGUCCACAGACUCCUCCGCAUUCAUUUUGAUGGCUGGGAGGAUGAGUAUGAUCAGUGGGUGGACUGCGAGUCUCCAGAUCUUUACCCUGUGGGCUGGUGUCAAGUCACCGGCUACCAACUCCAACCCCCUGCCGCACAGACCACGAGGGAAGCGCCGCCGAAUGUGACGAAGCAGAAAAAGAAAACUCCACAGUACAAAGGACAAAAGAAAAAGAGGAAGAUUCCAGUUGGGAGGAGGCCGCUCGGGUUUGGCGGGUCUCUGAGGAGGAGCAGUUUCUCAGGCGAUGAAGAGCAGACUCCGUCCCUUUACCUUCCCCACCCACCUGGUGUGGAGCGCGAUCGCUCACUCAACUCAGAGGCCACACUGCAGAUUAAGGAGGAGACUCCAGAGGUGGACGAGUUCACCUUCUCGCAGGGCACAUCAGACCAAGAAAGCAACGGCUCGGGCAGUUACUACAUUAAACAGGAGCCGUGAGCGCCGGCCCUGCUGGAGCCUUACCUCACUGCCAACAGCACUGGAACAUCCCGUUAAGAGUGACACUCUCUCUCUCUCUCUCUCUCUCUCUCUCUCUCUCUCUCUCUCUCUCACUCACACACACACACACACACACUCUCUCUCUCACACACACAACCACAUGGCCUGGGAGAACAGGGUGGACCUCACUUCCUCUUGCACGCCAGGUCCUUUUCUUUUCAGGUAAGAAAAGCUGAUGAAGAGACUAUUCAUAGUUCUGCGACAGAGAGAGACGUAACGGGGAUUUUCUUUGAAAAAAGGGGAUAUUUUUUCCUGACUUUUGUUUGAUCAGUUUGCCAGAUGGACUUUUUCCUCAGUGAUCAUUGUACUUGAAGUUUUUCGUAGCUGUAUUUUUCUUUUUCUUUUUUUUUUCUCUGUAACUUUUCAGUAAAUUUUUUUGGUUGUUUUUUUUUUUCUUUCCAAGACCAUGUGUCUCAUGCGCUGAUUUAUUUCAAAAGCCCUUUUAUUUGGAUGGGUGUGGAUUUUGUAAGAGCAGUAAAAAUCUAUAUUAUUAAAGUAUAUCCAUAUAUGUAUGACAUAUUAACGAAAUAGUAGAGUAGUGGAGUAAGGGUUAAUAUUCUAUUGGUCAUAAUCCUUCCUGGUAAGAAGAGGUAUAGCUUAAUGGGAAAAAAAAAAACACUGUCACAUUUUGCACUACAGGGAUGUAAAAUUAAAUGUAUAUCAGCCUGUGAAAAUGUUGAAGUUACAGCUUUAUUGUAUUAAAAAGACGACAAAUGUACAAUAUGUAUAGUGGCUGACAAGUCGACCAUUCAAAGAGGGGAUAUUUGCUCUAAUCAGCAUUACAAUAUGCAAGAACAUUUAUUUGAUAUGAAGCCAGUGUUGAUUUUCUCUUAAUCUCGUCUGUGGAGCCAUUUUUCUAUACUGGUUUUAAGUAUUUUAUGAGCCACCGAAUAAAAAACAAAAGAACACGACUAGCCACUCAACACUACUUUUGCCAUGAUCUUAAGAGACUUCCCCCCCCCCACGUAUCGCCGACACGUGACAUCCGAGUUAAUCCCUGAACGCCACGACAGUUUACCAGCAUCUCUGAUUUUGUACUGAACCAAUGAGUGAUUAAGCCUCUAUCUCCCGAGAGCAAUCGUCCAUCCGAUGCGUUCAAGAUUCGAACAUUCAUUCCAGAAUAACAAUUUUUUUUUUUCGUACUACCUCUUUACAAAAUGAGUUUGAAAUCUACAUCGGCUAAGGGUUCACGUGUAAUCGCGCCGCUUUCGCUCGGUUCUCUAACCAUCUUCCUGCAAUAGUUAGUUUUCACUUACCAUUGGAAGGACUAUAAUUCACCGUAUGCAAAAUGAGUUUAUAAAUUCACAUGCACCAUAUAUUAUACUUUACAACGUACCAAACAUUUAUAUUUGUUACAUAUUGUGAUAUUGAGAGUCCUUAAAAAUUGAAGAUAUGCAAUAAUACAGUAGUGUUGUUUUACAAUGUCUUAUUCUUUAGAAAUAAUAAAAAAGACAAAAAACAAGAAAAAUAUCAGAACACAUAAAUAUAUACUUACAUUCUAUCAACCUAAAAUCAGAUACUCUUACAAUAUGUUGUAAAACUGUGAUGAUUUUGUAGAAGCUAGACCUUUCCUUGUAUGGGCUAUGUUGAGUGUUCUAUACAAAAAAACUAAAAGAAAACCUACAAAAAAAAAGAUUAAAUAAGCGAUAUUGUUUGCAUAGUGAUUUAUAUAAUUCUUCUAUAAUUAUAAUCUCUAUCAGUACCAGUGAGGCUGUUGGUGAAUUUCUCAGGAAAUCUUGUAUUUCAUUGGCUUUUUUUUUUUGUUUUUGUUUUAUACUCCAUAAUUUCCUCAUUGAAUUCAGUCCAGCUUCCAUAUCGAUGUGAACGUUUUCUUGCAUUUACUUUCAUGUACAGUACCUCAUAGAGUAAUACAGACUCGGAAGCCAAAAUUUCGAAAGCCCCGUCACUCAGACUCGGUCCCUCAGAAGCCACUGCACUGUGGCGAUUUUUGUGUUCGUGCACCUGAUGAGGCUCAUGAAGGCUGCGGAUCAGGUGCGAGUCGGGGGGUUGGGGGACGGACGGACAAUAAAACCGUGCAGUAGUCUGGCUUCUUAUAGGUGACUCUCAUAUGGACCCCAUUCCACUGUUAUUUUGUCCCCUCCACUCCUCCUCCGCCUCCUCCUCCUCCCUGUGCCAGUUUCAAGAAAUUUACUGAGCUCCAUGUUGAUCAUUUUUUUGGUGUGUAUUUGUUUAAGACUAUAUGACAUCUGUUGAAGCAAUAACGCUGUGCUGCAAUGUUUGUCAUAUUGUGUUGUGUUUGGUUUUGUUUCUGCAUCAGUGCUUGCUUUGUACAGUUGUGAAAAUAUUUUCUUUGCUUUAGUUCCAUUCGACUGUUCAUUUGUGGUCUUCUUAAAGCAGUCUCAGUUUUCUAUAUAGGCUAUUCCUCGAAAUCAUAGCAUCAGGAUUACGGUCAACACUGGUUUGAUGUCAGCUCAUGUUAUUAUUGUUUUUAAUCUUUUUUUUUUUAAUUGUUAUAAUGAUUACUUUUGACCAAAUUCACCUAAUUGUCUGCAUCUAUUAACGACAUGACUGUUUCAAGGCAUGAGAUUUUUGCUGCUACCCUCAAAUCAAUCGUAACACACCCUAACGCACAACUUCACCUUUAAAAGCUUGGUUUUUCUUUUUUUUUUUCUCGACAGCAAAUGUGAUGCCUUAUCCUGUUUAAUAUAAGAAACGUAAAAAAAAAACGUUUCUAUGAAAAAUAAAAUGAAAUUAAAGGGGUAACAAUGUGCAGUAGAUUGAUAAUCAUCAGUGCAUGCAGCAACGUGAGAAUCCGAGAAGACCGUCGCUGUUCCGGUCUCCAGUACUAACACGGGUUUUUGUGAUAUUUUUCCCUGUCCUUAGUAAUGACAUCAUGGUGCUAUAUAUUUGAUAACUCAUUCGCUUGAUCUAUGAGAGGAAAUCAAGUCUGUAAUUUUAGGGUGGAGACUAAACAUUAAAAAAGUGAAAUCUUUAAAAAAAAACAAACAAAAAAAAACUGAAAAAAAAAAAAAGAUUUAAAAAUCUGUAUUUUGGAUACAAGUAGCUGAAUUAUUUGUAAUAAUAAAAAACUGAACUAACAUUAGCCCUCAUGGUACAUUAGAGGUGAGGGUUUGGGGUUUUGUAACUUUUUUUCAUAGAGUCUGUACAUGUUCUUUCUUUUUUUGUUUGUUUCCUAUGAUCCUUUGUUAUGUGAUUAUAGGAUUUGAUAGCUUCUAAUGUAUAUAGUUUAAAUGUGUGUGUAUGGGGGGUCUCUUGUUGGUUGAGAACAUGUUAAUUUGUUUACAAGCAUUGCAAACUGUUUCCGCAUGGCUGUGAAAAUGUAUCUGUUGAUUUUUGACAAAAAAAAAAAAAAAAUUUUACACUGAAUUAAAGGAUGCUUUUAAAAAAUA